AUGGGGUCUGUUUUUCUCUGGCAGGAGGAAGAGAAGCAGAAGAAGGUUCAGGGGUCAGAAGAGCGACGAGGUUCUCCCUCCAAAACAAAGACUAAUUCAAGGGCUUCUGCAAUCUCCAGGAGAUCCCAGGCCCAGGAGAGGGAGGAGGAGGAAGAGGAGGAGGAGGAGGAGGAGGAGGAGGAGGAGGAGGGGAACAGCAAUUUCUCUCUGUUCCCUGAUAGUGACUCUUUCAGACCCAUAAAGCCAAUCCAGGCCUUUGUGCGAGUCAAGCCCACGGCUCAUUUUGCCCAAGACAUGAUCAAGUUUGGGACAGACAACAAGAGCAUCGACAUCCACAUCGAAAAAGAUGCCAGGGGAGGGAUUGUGAACAACUCCUCCACUGACUGGUCCUUCAGGAUGGAUGGGCUCCUCCACAACACCUCCCAGGACAAGGUUUAUGAGACUGUGGCCAGGGACUUGGUGGCUGCAGCUUUACGUGGCUACAAUGGCACCAUCAUGUGUUAUGGGCAAACUGGGGCUGGUAAAACUUACACCAUGACUGGAGCAGCUAAGUACGAGCACCGAGGGAUCAUCCCCAGAGCUAUCCAGCAGGUCUUCCAAGCAGCUAAAGAAUCCCCUGGCCUCUCCAUCACUGUCCUAAUUUCCUACCUGGAAGUCUACAACGAGGCCCUGUUUGACCUCCUGGGCCCGGGGCUGGGCCGUGGUUCCAGGAACACCCCCCUGGCUGUCCUGGAUUCCCCUCAGGGGGUUUGUGUCAAGGGUCUGUCCAUCCAUCCUGUCAGCCACGAGAAGGAGGCCCUAAAUCUCCUUUCUGAGGGUGGGACCAACAGAGCAAUAGCAGAGCACGCCCUGAAUAAGAAUUCCUCCAGAUCCCACUGCAUCUUUACUAUUUAUAUUGAGUGUCAUUCCAGGGUUUACAGGAAUCUCAAAGGCAUUAAAUCUAAAAUCACCUUGAUAGACCUGGCAGGUUCUGAGAGACUGAGUGAGAUCCCGUUUGCAGGACACAUCCAGAAAGAGAACUCCUACAUCAACAGGUCCCUGACGUUCCUUGAGCAAAUCAUCCUGGCCCUGGCUGAUCCCUGGAGGGACCACAUUCCCUUCCGGCAGAGCAAACUCACCCACGUCCUCAAGGACUCCCUGGGGGGCAACUGCAACACUGUCCUGGUGACCAACAUCUGUGGGGAAGCUGCUCAUGUGGAAGAGACAUUGUCUUCCCUGCGCUUUGCCACCAGGAUGAGGUGGAUCAUGGCAGAGCCAGUUGCCAACGUGACGUUUGAGCAGGAGGUGUCAGUGAAGGCUCUGGAGGAGGAGAUUGAUCUCCUGAAGCACGAACUGACCAUGAAGGACAUGUUUGAAAAUCGUUUGGUGACUUACAGCCCCCUGACUGGUGCCCAGAGAGCAGCAAUUAAAUCCCAAGUCCACAAAUACCUCAGAGGAGACAUUGAGGAGAUCGAUAUAGUGAACAUCAGGCAAAUCCAGGAGGUGUUUAAACAGUUCAAAGCGAUUAUAAGUCAACAGGAGAAGGACAUAGAGGCCAAGUUACAGAGCAAAUACCUGCUGGGAGACAGGGGGGAGUCCAAGGCUGACUUUGGGUCUGAGGUUGGUGAGGAGGUGGAAGAUGAGGAGGAAGAGGACAAGGAGAAGAAGCAUAAGCUUUCCAGCUGCUCUUCCCUGCUCCUGGACUGUUCCAGGGCUGUUGAGACCCAAGGGCAGGACCUGGCCCUUGGCAGUGCCUGGCUCUGGACAGGCAGGGAUGGGAAGGAAAAACUUGUGACCCCUUCCCUUGAAAGGGAUCUGGAUGGUUCUGCACCACCAGAAACUCAGGAAGAAAGUCCCACCAAGGAUGUGGAUGAGGAAGAGGGAGCAAGUGAGCAGGAUAGAAAAGAUAGUGAGCAAGAGCUCUCCUCAGGGAAGGAGUCCCAGCAGCCCAGCUUCCCCCCAUCCAAGGCAGAGGCGUUUGAGCUGUUUAAGCAGGAGGCUGGACGUGAGAUCAGCAGGAUCUUCAAGGAGAACAAGAGCAUCCUCCUCGCCAGGAAGAGGAGCAGCAAUUGCCUGGCCCGGAGGAUCAACGACAUCAAGCGGGAGAUGGAGGGAGUCAGGGAGACUCUGGAGGGGAAGAGGCGGAAGCGGUGGCAGGAGGGAGAAUACACUGACGAGGAGGGCCAGGUCAUCAUCGAUGAGAAGGAGUUUUCCCUCAUCCUGAAGCUGAAGGAGCUGAAGGAAGAGCACAGGGCUGGUUAUGCUGAGCUGCAGGACCUCAAGGCAGAGAUCCAGCACUGCCAACAGCUGGUGGAUAAGUGCCGGAAAAGGCUCAUCUCAGAGUUUGAGAUCUGGUACAACGAGUCCUUCCGUAUCCCUGAGGAUGUGCUGGAAGCUCUGAGGCCCGGUGGGAGCAUCAGGCCUGGAAUGAUUCCCAUGAACAGGGUCAUGUGCCUGCAAACCUUUGACAGGACCAUGCUGGCCCUGCAGAAGAUGCGCAGGAAGCCCGGGAUCGUCAGGGCCGCCGGGAAGAACAAACCCCCCUCCUCUCUGCGCAUCCUGUAG